GAACUCAUCACUCCCGCUUCCAGCUUCCCGCAGCGAGCAUCAAAAGGAGAAGAGCGAGAGAGAGCAGCAGGCAUGGAAAUGGGCGACAGCUUCGAGUACUACUGGGAGAUGCAGCAGUACCUGGAGUCAGAGGAGCUCAGCCUCUACAUGGGCACCCAGGACGAUGCCCUGUCCUGCUACGACUCCAGCUCGCCGGAUGGCUCCAUCUCCAACUCGUCCUGGGCGCCGGCGGGCGUGGCGGCCACGGCGUCCGAGAAGCGGGAGGGCCCCGGCGGCGCGGCGGCCGCGAACAAGAACAUCCUCAUGGAGCGCGACCGCCGGCGCAAGCUCAACGAGAAGCUCUACGCGCUGCGCAGCGUCGUGCCCAACAUCACAAAGAUGGACAAGGCGUCGAUCAUCAAGGACGCGAUCGAGUACAUCGAGCAGCUACAGGCGGAGGAGCGGCGGGCGCUGCAGGCGCUCGAGGCCGGCGAGGGGGCGCGCUGCGGCGGCCACGGGCACGGCGAGGAGGCGCGCGUGGUCCUGCAGCAGCCCGCCGCCGCCCCGGCGCCCGUGGAGGUCCUGGAGCUGCGCGUGUCGGAGGUGGGCGACCGCGUGCUGGUGGUGAACGUGACGUGCAGCAAGGGCCGCGACGCCAUGGCCCGCGUGUGCCGCGCCGUCGAGGAGCUCCGGCUCCGCGUCAUCACCGCCAGCGUCACCUCCGUCGCCGGCUGCCUCAUGCACACCAUCUUCGUCGAGGUGGAUUCGGACCAGACGAAUCGUAUCCAGAUCAAGCACAUGAUCGAGGCCGCUCUCGCCCAGCUAGAUGAUGCCUCCGCGAGCCCGCCGAGCGUGAUGAGCUACUAUUAGAAUCGGACAACCGUCACGCUGACAUGCACGAGCCGGCCUAGCUACUGUGGCCGACCGGUACUGUUCCGUGCGCGUAUAUAGGAACUAGGAAGAAGUGGGUGCUUUGUUUGCUAUAUAUGAGGCACUAGGUCAGGGGGUUUUGUGAUGGGGCUUUAUGCAACUUUGAUGUAAUGGACCGAAAACGACAGAUUGAGUGUUGGCGGCUAGCUCCCAUAUGUUUAGAGUCUAGGGAAGGAAUAAAUAAUCGAGACAAGUCUUAUCCCUGUAUUUUUGUAGAGAGGUAUUUGAAACAAGAAGUUCAUCAAAUACAAGGGAAAAAUGUCAUGGCGACAAAUAUGUUAG